AUGCGAAUGCGGGAUAGCGCCGGCUUGCCUACCAUCCAGUAUAUUGACCGAUGCCCCCUUUCAAGUUUUCCCCAUGGGCAAGCAGCGACCUACCCCGGCUACCAGACAAACGCGGAGGAAGCUAAGGUUGAAUCAGACCACUGCGCCGGUAUCCGUAGACUGUCACAAGUUGGCCUUGUUCGAAUGGUGGUGGCUGGCGACGCUUGUUGGUGCGCAUCCAAACCGCGCCGGGGAGGCCUUUACCCCGAUGCCCGAUGCAGCAUCACGUGGAGUCAAGAGGUUUUACCCCAGAUCUACCCCAGGUUCCUCCUCUUUCUCCUCACGAGUCUCUGUUCCUUCGAGCUCCGGGGUGUGUCUUUCUCCUCACGCGACGCCUUCGGCUCCUCAUCCAGGAACCCAUCCCCCGAUAUCCCCAUACCCCGGGUAACGGCGUGUUCGACGGGCGUCUUACGCCGAGAUGCCGAGACACGGGAGGGUGCGGUGCAAGCUAGCGACAUCAAGCGAAAGCUUUUUCAAAGAGACGAAUCAUACUACGUCACUGAUGGCCUUCUCUUUAAGGUGGGUUUCGCCUCAUUUGAAAGCGAGGUCGCUCCGGGCUGUGUGCAGCAGGACCGCCUUCAAGUUUAG